AUGCCUCACGCGCUGCGUCUGGCGCAGAGAGGGAUUGUCGGCCUCGAGGGUGUCACCCGAUGCGGUCGUCUCAACGGCAUCUUGUCAUGCCGUCCCGGCCUCAAUCUUGAUGCACGCUUCAGUCGUUUCUCACGAGCCGCGUCGCCGAGAGACAUCAUUACCGCACAGAAAGGAGACGGCGCAUGCAUAAUUGAAGGCUUCCUGACACCCGAAAUAACAAAACGUCUCAACAAAGACAUCACCGCGCCACUCCUAAACCUCCGCCCAGGGCACAGGGGCACUGAUCCGGAUCUCCAAGACCUGCAUGGAGAGAACACAAAGCGCCUCUACAAUCUCGCAUCCCACAGUCGGACUUGGCGUGAGGACAUUAUUAACGACGUCGCAUUUCACGCCAUAUGCCACGAGGGUCUCGGAAAGCAGCAAGGAGACUACUGGCUCAGCAUGGCGCAUGUCAUCGAAAUCGGGCCCGGAAGCCUUGCGCAGCCUCUCCACGUGGACGGCGCGCAAUGGUGGCCGUUCUGGAACAUGUCGCCCGGCGACCCAGAGAUUAUGCUCAACUUUCUCGUCGCCGUGGAGGACACUACUGUCGAGAACGGCGCGACGCGUGUCAUUCCUGGAAGUCAACGGCUAUCCUACAGAGGAGAUGGAGAAGAGCAGUCGGCAGCAAGCUGGGAAGAGGACGACGCCGUAGCGGUGCCGCUCAAGGCGGGCGACUGUCUGCUCAUCGGGAGUCGCGUCGUUCACCAGGGCGGCGCAAAUAUAACGACGGACUCGCAUCGCAAAGUCAUGACCAUGACGGUCGUCAGCAGCUGCUUCACGCCCGAGGAAGCGUUCCCGCUGCUUAUCGAACGUGAGGUGGCGAGGACGUUAUCAGACCGCGCCAAGAAGCUCCUCGGAUACAAGGAAGUAACCCCGUUCGGGUCCGCUGGGCUCUGGACCGGACCUGCGGAGGACAGGGCCAAGGUGCUAGGAUUCUGA